UUUCUUUCCCAUUGCCCUAAUUGACCCUAUGUCGACUCAAAUCCCUCUCCCAUCCUCUUUGGUAUUCUUACCGAUUCGUCUCCAUUCCCCACUGACUCAUCGUUUCCCUGCCAGUGCCGCUCAAUCGUAUAUUGUCUCUUCAGAUCUCCUAGUAUAACUGCUCAACAAUAUCCACAUCUAUCAUAAACUCGAGAAAAUUAAUCUGAAGUAGUCUUCAUCGACUUCCAAUUCUGGUUUCAAGUAGUGUGUAUUUGACAAGGGGCUCAAAUUCAAAAUGACAACAAUCAUGAGUUCCAGAAAUUAUGUACCUAUUGUGGGUAUGUAUUUUUGUUUCAAUACUCUUCUUUUCUCUAUUCUUAUCUUCUUCGCAAGAUAUAGCAAUUGAGUUAGAGAUUUGUUCAUGUUCUAUGAUAUCUCAAGAGUUAACAUCCUAAAUAUAGUCCAUAGAGAGAAAUUAGCAUUCGAGUAUCUGAGUAUAUGAAUAAUAUCUAAUAGGACGAGUAGGAAUUUGGUUCCGUGUUUAAGGAUCUAAUUAUAAGUGCAGUUGUAGAUUUAAGUAUUCAUGUAGUGGACAGUGGAAGGAAAUGUAUUUGAGGAACGGUAUCAAAAUGUUUAUGUAUUUUAAUCAAUCGUUGUUAUAUAAAGUUAUAUAUUGGUGUUCCAAAGCUUCAUAAUAUAUCCCUCUUUGGUAAUUUCUUAUGGAUUUCAUCUUAGCUUGCCUCAACUAGUUUUCUAAAAAGAUGCCUUGUCAUGCCUAAUUCUGGUCUACUUGGUUUUCACACUUUAUGUUACUUCAAAAUGCAAUGCCCAUAUGAAGGUACAUAUUCCUUUCUCCUAGUGAAAUUAAAUUUAAUUUCUUUUAAUCAUGCAUUGUAACGAAUUGUUAUAUCCAAGCAUACAUAGUUAAGAGCAAGAAAUCCAAAAGAUGCAGGAUGGAUAAAUUCUUUCUUAGGAUUAUCUCAUGAAAAGGUGAAACAGAAUCCAUGAAACCUUUUGGUUGUCAUAGGUAUCAGGCUAUGUAAACAACCAAGAUAUCAAGAAGAUAAUCAUAAAGUUUGUAACUUGAUAUCGUGUUCAUUUUCUAAUAUUACCCCUCCAUGUUAAAAGGUGGAGGGUAUGGAAUUGACUAUACUGACCCUGAAGAGCUGGAGUUGUUGGUUGCAACACUGAUGGAUCUUGAUGCAAUGGAUGGUAAAUGGAGUGUGUCAUUAUUGACAAAGUGUUCAACUUCUCCUUAUGUCAAAAGAAGAAAAGCAUUGGCUAAUGCUUUGUUAGUUGCACCAUCGAUGUGUACCCUUGGUAAUGCAGGCAUGAGAGCCUUACAGCAUUUGAUUUCCAGAGCUCUUAGGUGGUACCAACAACUGUAUUUAUAAGGUUGGUUGCAUGCGAUAAAAAAAUGGGCCAAUGGCAUCGGAGACCAUAAAGGAAAAAGUAAGUAGAACUUGGUUCUUCUAAUUCCAUGGGAUUUAACGGGAAUCAGAAUCCAAUUCCAUUAUGAUCUUUCUUUCGGAUGCAAGAUAUGAAGCAAUGUGGAAAUGCAAAAUAUGAGACGAAAUUGAGAUUAUCGUACAUUAUACU